AUGAUUUUUCCAAGAGUGCACUUCAAACCACACAUGCUACAUGGUGCUCCUCCCGGAAUGUUAGGGCUGGCUUCGAAAUCCGGGUGGAUGAACAAUGAGUUGUUCGUAGAUGUACUGAAACACUUCAUUAAGCAUAGUAAUAGUUCCAAAGAAAAUCCGUCCAUGCUUUUGUACGAUAAUCACGAGAGUCAUAUUUAUCUGUCUGCUAUGAACAUCGCGAAAGAAAAUGGUAUAACAGUGAUCACAUUCCCCCCAAGCUCAACCCACAAACUCCAGCCUCUGGAUGUUGGGGUUUUUAAAGCAUUUCAAGCCUAUUAUUCCAGAGCAAUUGACAGUUGGAUGAUGCACCACCCAGGGCAGACGAUGUCUAUUUACGAAGUAGCUCACUGCGUUGGCCAGGCGCACGAAAAGUGCGUGGAACUAUCCAGGAACUAUCACUAA